CAAGGAAGCAAAGCAAAAAACUCGUGGCUAAAAAUGGCGGCACCGCUCCACCAUAACUUUAUCAAUAACACUUGCAAAUCCAAGCUCUGAGAGAGAGAGAGAGAGAGAUUUGCAGACUUGCACCGGCUAGCGUGAGUUCUAAGGCUAGCAUUGUUUUUAUAUUCGGUCUAAGUCGUACUAGUGAAAAAGCCCUUGGCCCUUUUGAUUUCUUCUCUUGAUAAUAUUAUGAGAAGUAGUUGGAGUAGGACUAGUAGUGGGUUUAGGGAUGAUGUUGGGUUGGGUUUAAGGAUGCAAGAUAACCUGGAAUCUUGUAGUGGUAGUGGUAAGAGAUCAGUGACGGCGAUGUCUUGUGAUCAUGAACCAGCAGCUCAUGAGUUAUCAUCUUCUUCUUGUAGAGGUGGUGGUGGAGGUAGUGGGCCACUGUUUUAUAGCACAAGCAACGAUGUUACUUGUCUUGGUGAUAUAAACGACGUUGUAGCUUCCGUCUCUGCUUCUGGGACUGGUACUCCUGAUGCAAUAGCAGAGUCAAAAUCGUUGCAGUACCCCUAUUUUACCUCUGAUUCUUCCCUUUUUACCUUCAAUUCCUCAGUAGAAAUGACACCAUCUGUGAAUGAGAAAGUGCUUUUUACAGCUGCUCAGUGGCAAGAACUUGAAAGACAAACCACGAUUUACAAGUACAUGAUGGCUUCUGUUCCUGUCCCUCCUGAACUCCUUAUACCCAUCACCAAAAAUCAAUCAAAUGUCCUUCCUCCACAGUCUAACAUGUUAACAGGUUCACUAGAACUGGGAAUUCCUAGCCUGAACUCAUCAGAUCCAGAACCAUGGAGAUGCAAAAGAACUGAUGGGAAAAAAUGGAGGUGUUCAAGAGAUGUGGCACCUGACCAGAAAUACUGUGAAAGGCACUCUCAUAAGAGCCGUCCCCGUUCAAGAAAGCCUGUGGAAUUACACGCUCAUGACUCCCCGAGGACAUUGACCAACAAUAACACUAACACCAACAUCACCAAUAACAAUUACUCCACUAAUCCACACCUGUUUAAUCAAAAACCUUACUUUCCAAGCCAUUUAUUUAUGUUUUCUAGCGCCAUGGCCUCUUCUGCCAGCUCAUAUGAUCAGCCCAGGAGCUUGGAAUGGCUCUUGAAAGGUGAGAUUUUACCCGUUGCCAGUAACUACAGCCAAGAAUGGCAGCAUUUGAAGAGAGACAGCAUCAAGGGUAAUUGCAAAGUGUACAACUUUUAUAGAGAGGAGCAGCCGCUUUGCUCAAAUACACAUAGAGGUGGCUAUUCAUUACAAGCUCAGAGGCUAAAUGAUUAUUGCAGCGUGUUAUCAAGUCCCACAUCAACUACUUCGGAGAGGGCUUUAAGUCCUAGCCUGACUCAAGAACAAGAGACAAGGCACUUCAUUGAUGCUUGGUCAACUAAUUCAGGGAGAGACGACAUUGGUGGGAUUGGUAAAAAAAGUUACGUUUCUUCAAGUGAGAAGUUAGUAUUGCCACAUUCAGCUCUUACAUUGUCAAUGUCAUCUGGCACUGGAAGUGAAACUAAUAAUGAAGGAAAUGGGUGUGCUCAACUGAGUAGUUUUGGGAUCAUGGGAUCAUCAGAUAGAGAUCAUCAGAGAGCUAGUGGCUUGAGACCUCAUUGGAUGAUGAGUCAUGGUGGUUCAUGGAUGGUUUCACCACCUGGUGGACCAUUAGCUGAAGCCUUGUGUCUUGGCAUUUCCAGCAAUGCAAAAACUGCUUCCAAUUUACCAUCCCCAUGCAGCAGUAGCUGUGGCCCCAAUGUCAACAAAAACCAACCGCUAUAGUUUGUUGUAAAUUCUGGCUGGGUAGAGGCCAGAGGGUAGAAGCUAAUGUGGCCCAAACUUAUCCCAUUCCCAUUUCGUGUCUUUUCGGCACAAGAGGAUAGUUUGUGUGUGGAAUUUGAGCCUCGUGAUGGAUUGUCUGGCCUGGUCCUUGCAGUGUCUAGGUUCCCCGAUUGAAUAUGUAGAUCCUUUCCCUAUGUUACAAAGUACAAGUAGCAGUUGAUGGGGAGUUAUAACACGAUAUACAAUUCGGUUAUCCAACUAA